AAAACAGAGAAGCGUGCAGCAUGUUUUCUGAAUGCGAAAUCGAUCCCCGCUAUUAUAUAUUCAGAGUUUCAGACAAUCAGGCUGGUGCUAUCUAUCUACGCUUGCAUUUCUUCCUCCUGUCCUAUGGCACAUAAGAACGAGCAUGAGAAGUUGUGAAAAGUAAUUGACAAGAACGAUAAUGGCUUGGGUCUCCAUGACCUGGUGUUGGCACAGGAGCUUCUUGCUCAUGAUGGCGUGCGUCUGCAGCUGGUCGAUCACUUGCUGCAAAUCAGACGAAGCAGCAGCAGGAGCCUUCCAUGGUCAGAAGAGGAGCACUGAAGACAUCGUCGCCAGAGCUAUCAUCUGCUUCAGCGAUCGAUAUAUCUUCAGCGGGUGCCAGGGGCAGUACAGGCUGGGGCCGGAGGGCGCGCUGCGCGUGCCGGCGGCGGCGGCGGAGGCGUUCUGCGGCGGGCCGUGCCUGGCGGAGACGAGGCUGGUGCUCGGCUGCGUCGACGGCAUCAUGGACAGCUUCCGCUUCUACAACGGCGCCUCCGUCCGCGACGUCCGCCUCGCGCUCGACCGCGGCUGCGGCCUCCGGGGCGACUUCGACGUGCUGCGGCGCCUCGGGGGCGACGGCUACGACUACGGCGGCGGGCCACGCGGCCUCGUGACCACGCCGGCGCCUCUGCUGCUGGGCGCCGUCGUCGCGGUGCUUCUGUGGGGAUGAUCAAUGGUGAUUAAGGAAAUUAGAACUAGUUUCUGGUGAUUAUACAUGUAUGUAGACAGUACAGUAUAGUAUGUACUCUACCAGAGUUAAUUAACUGCAGCACUACGGUACCAGGGCGUGUACGUACUUCGAGUUAGUCAACCGUAUGUGAGCCUUUUUUGUCCAUUUUGUAGAAUGUCCAAGGACCACUGUGAAUUUGUUUAAGUGAAAAAUAAACAAAUAUUUGCUCUUUGAUUCAAA